AUGCAGUGGGCUAGUGUGGUCGCCCUGUUCUCGCUUGGUUUUUGGCCCGCGUCUGCGGUUUGGUUCAAUUACCCCAGUACAGACAUUCUUCAUGCGAUGGACGUGGUUGUCAGGGCAGAAGCCGACUCCUUCGAAUGGUGUUUUUACGCAUGCACAAAAGACGGACCUUUCUACGACUGUGGAAAUUUCGACGCCAGAACGGUUACGCUAAUGUUCAUGGAGGUACCCGUGAAAUCGUUCACAAUUCCCGACCAACAGAAGUGCGGAGCUUCGUGCCUGGAAUAUCACGUUACGGUCAAUGCUGCAAUUCACUACUCCGCUACGAACCAAUGCGACUGCUACGCGAUACCUGCAGUACCAGCUUCGAUUAAGUUGGCUGAGAGUGACAAAACUGGUGUAACGCUGAGCUCAUACUGUUUUCAUUGUAGGUCAAACCCACCCUCGCCCAGACGAACCUCUCCCGCCUUCCGAAAGCGCUCUUUCCAGACCGCGAGGACCUCCGAGGGUGAUGUCCCGAAUGACAGCCAGCGAGCCAACACUCUGCCCCCAGCGCCGCCCGCCGGCGUCAAGUUCGCCAUCACCGCAGACUCGGCGCAACUCAGUCGACCGUCCAGCACAGCCGCCACUGUUGUCUACAGCAACACCGCCAUCUACUCACCAAUCCCGAACGUCGGCACCAGGGGUGUGGACACUGCAGCCAUCACUUUUACCGUCGAGGUCAAACUGCUGAGCGACGAACAGCAGCCUCUUCUGGUAGACGUCAGCGCAUCCGCAUUAGGCCAGUGGCUUUUCGACGAAGUGAUCAAUCGACUAGGUGGUGUCCUUGAACGCGAGUAUUUUGGCCUUCGUUACCUUGACAAAAGUAAACAGAGGCAAUGGCUUGAUCUCUCAAAAACUGUCUAUAAACAAUUGAAAAACGUUUGUCCUCGGACGUUGAAUUUCCGCGUAAAGCAUUACCCUGGGAAACCGCUUGGAGAGUUAAAACAAGAAAAGUCGCGGUAUUUCCUCUACCUCCAACUCCGUAGGGACCUACACAGCGGACGUCUCAUUGGUCGAAAUAACGAUAUGCACGUGCUCGCGGCACACAUUCUUCAAGCUGAGAUCGGAGACAUCGAGAAGUUGGAUGGCUUCUUGGGCGAGAAUGGGUCGCUCGCGGACCUCAAAAUGUUUGAAAACAUGACCCCUCGUGUGGAGGCCAAAAUUCGAGAGAUCUACAGGUGUCUGCACGGACUGUCGACAGCUGAGGCUGAAGCAAAAUUCCUCGAACGCGCAUCCGAACUUGAAACCUACGGCGUGGAGCCUGUCUUUGUGCAGGACAGGAAAGGAAAUCAUUUUUAUGUCGGUCUUAGUCACGAGGGAGUGACCGCGUUUCGUGGAAACCGCAAGGCUCACGUCUUCACCUGGUCGAAAAUCCAUCGGAUUAGUUUUGAUGGAAAACUCUUUAUAAUUCAGGUCGAAUGGGAGCGGAGGCGACAUACCCUUGGUUUUAAGUGCCAAACAACAGAAGCCGCCGAGGCGCUUUGGAAGUGGGCAGUCGAUCGACAGUGCUUUUUCACCCUCACCAGAUCCACUGACGCAAAGAAGGCAAAAGCGAGUGGCCGAUUUUUCAGAAAACGCCAGCUUUAUUCCUUUACGGGUCGCUGUCAAAGGGAAAUGCAACAAAUGACUUCAAGUCUACCCAACAUUCCCCAACCAAGCGUCUCCAGGAGCGUGAGUUCGAGUCGACAGACGCGGAGUCAGGAGCAGUUGCAUCGGUCGCUGGACGAAGCCAUGGACAGGGUCCCUAAUGCCAACAGCGACCAACAUCUGAAUUCCCGAGAUCCAGGCUCAGAAAUCGCGGCGGGAGGAGUCAGACUGGCAGGAGUAGCCUCGGAAUCUGCCGAUCAGCUGAAUGUGAAGACGUCUCAAAUGAGCAAACUACUCAAUUGUGACAAAAUGUAUCGGAGCAGCGAGGUGAUUGCUACCACGUCUGCUGUCUCAACAGCCAAUGGCAGCACUAGUGAACUGUCACCGGCGGCUACGUCUUGGCCUGCAAUGCCGCCGCGAAAACCCGAUGUUCUGACGGAAGUCGCGAGAAAAGAGGUCGACGAGGCCCUCAGCCACGCUGAGAUUAUGCGACUAGUAACUCGCCGUCAAAGCGUGGAGCAGUUACAAGAACAAGAAGACAAGGCCGAUCAAGUGAAUGUGGACGCUGACAAGGAAUCUACGGAAAAGAAUUCGUCAUCCCCGUCAUCAGUUAGAGAAAGCGGAGAUGCCAACCACACCUCGCCCUCCCAUAAGCUGCACUCAUCUCCCCGAAGACUCGAUCGACAGGGGAGUUUCGAUCGAUCACCACCUACCACCAGCACUGCCGCUUCUGAGUCCUUCUCAACCCAGGUCCACUGCCCCCAGUCGACGAAGAUGAACAUCGAUCGAGCUGACACCGGACCGUCGGAGUCAACCCUGCCAUCAUCCUCCUCGACACCCGCUUCCUCCGUGAAGAGUGUAGAGGUUUCACAAAGCAUUGUCGUGGAUCCGCCGAGCGGGUUCGCAGACAGCCCUUCAAAAGGCAUCUACUUCCCGUACUUGUCGAAGGUGCGCACUCUUGGGACGGAUUUCGAUGGAAAAGGACACCAGUCAAUGUACCUGCCCUUUCGUUUCGACAAACCCACUAGAGACCCGUUUAGUCUGCCUUCCCGGACCUCGGAGCUCUACGUGAACGUGGGACAUUCGCCAGACCCUUUCGAUUUUUCGCCUGCUGCUGAUAGUUCAAUCGCGCCAACACCUCCACCACCGUCAAAUGAAGACCCCACCACAGAGGGAUCAAUGAGGCUGAGGCCUCCACGACUGGGCACCUCUCCGGUCGAUAAAAGCCCGCUUCUUUUAAGGCACGGUUAUGCCCCCUUCCGCGGCGUUGAAAGCAAGGAGAUAAGACUCAGUCAUCGCGUGGAACCACCGACCAUCUUUCAUCCGUGGCCAGCAGUGGAAGCGCCACAGGAGGACUUCGCUGCGCCUACCCCGGUGAUCGUCCAAGCAGGACGCGCUGUUCCUGUGGAGGAGCCUUCCAUCGUCGCUGAAUGCUACGUCCCGUUGGGUGACUGGUCCGCGGUUAGGUCCUAUUCCAGCUCCACUGCAAUUCCUGACCACCUUGUUGAGGCAGACACUUCCGAGAGUCUAGUAGACGAACUUGUCUUUAUUUGGCCGUACAAUCGCCGCUUUAUGAGUCCGUUGAUCGAGGAUGACGAAAUUGACGAUGAUGACGACGAGGCGGAGAGAGCAAGUGAAGCUGGUCGGGCAGAAGUGCGUGACACUAGACGGCCUGAACCGCCAACUUUCGACUGGAGUGCCGCCUCCGCCCGCGUAAAUUACCUCUCAGGUUCUGACUCCCCGGAGGUACUUCGCUUACCUUCGUUUUCACCAGUUGUUCUAAGCCAGGAGAUUCUCUCCCCAGCAAGUGGCGACCUGAGUUCUCCCUUGUGCAAUCCGCACUACCCUGGAGACGACUUGUUUCAGCAGAAGGGAUUCGAGCCCGUACCCCUUCGCCACAUUCAGAAAACCCUGGUACAAGUUCCACAGUCCAAAGAGACAAAAACAGCGGUGACAAGGGAGAACGGCAACCCACCGCCCCACACCGAGAGAGCGAUGCCCCCUUCCAGCCAAUCAAAUUCUGAGCAGAGCUCUGACAAACUACCAAUCACCCAGACGAUAAUCCAGUUCUUCUGGUUCCUCCUUGUACUUGUUGUCGUCCACAAUGUCCUCAAGUUUAUUCGCGUGGGUCCGAUUCUGGGGUUCUUUGGAUGUACUGGACCCGAAGCUGUGGGCUACUGGAGUGCUCUGGAGGCCUUUGUGAAUUUCUUCUUUUCUUAA